AUGCUACGGACAAAGCUUUCGCACAUGAGCGUUGACGAGUUCCUCUCCUUCCUGCCGGCGGAAAACGGGCUGGGUUCCACCAUCUCGGUGGCUGACACGCGCCCCGCGCUCGAUGUGCUGCGCAAGGCCAAUGAGACAGGCCACGGCGACGUGCGCGCUUACAGAAAGACUGCAUUGCCGGACCAGGGUGGAGACGGCGGUUUCAGUCCCAACCUCAAUGUGACCAUCGCCGAGGUGCUUGGUGAUGAGCAUUAUAUCGACGCCAAUGUGGCUGUCCUGCUUCAGGAAAUGGGCCUGAAUGAAACGUAUGUUGUCCGGAUCCCGAUGCUAUUCUAG